AUGUUGUCCCAAAAACCAGGCAACAAUGAUGCGACCGAUGUCCGCAUAGAGGACACGGCGCUAUCGACGGCUUCGCCGUCUGACGCAGAAGCCAUUCAGACGCUUAUGGACGUCUUCGGUGCCACGCCGGAGCUCACCAUGUCGAACGACCUGAACGAAUACCUCACUUCGCCCCUGCUCGACUCUCCCUUCGACGAUGAGCUACUCACGACGCCUGCAUUCGGCUCCGCCGACAUCAAUGCAGACAUUCUGACCAGUCCGCUUUUGGAUGAUUUUGGUGACUCGUUCGGCGAACUGCCGUCUCUCUUUGGCGACUUUUAUCCCCCAUCCAAGACCGCCGAGUCUUGCCAGCCCCCCCAACCCAACUUCGAUGAAAUGUAUCGCAUCUCUCCCGGCACCCCAUUGCUCGAUACUCCAAUGCUCGACACUCCUUUUGAAUCGCCACUCGACACUCCUGCCGACCAUUCACUUGCACGGAGAACUGUUGUCACUGGCACGCGUAAGAACAUUACGCCAGAAUCCCUCGUUCCUAUCGAUGCUCCUACUCAGCAGCGGAAAUACCUCACCCCGUCAGCGACUUCUCGUAAGGAGGUUCCUGCUGUUUUCGCUCGCAAGCGAGCUCGUACGGCUGCGUUCGGUGACGAACAGGACGAGCUCAAUGAGGAUGUACGCAUUACACCCUCAAUGACUGAGCAGGAGCAGAUCGAGGCAAAGAGGCGGCAAAACACAAUUGCUGCCCGACGGAGUCGCAAGCGCAAGCUGGAGUACCAGCGUGAGUUGGAGGAGAGUGUUGAGCAGUACAAGCGCGAGAGUGAGAUCUGGAAAGCGCGGGCGAUGACUUGCCAGGCUCUGCUUCGAAGCCAUACCAUCGAAUGUCCUGAAUUCCCAGACCCAUGA